GGAGUUAAUGUGUAAUAUCUGGGGUAUAAACUGGACAUGAGAGGGGGGCCCUGAGCAGUGGCGUCGGAGGAGCAGCAGCGGGGAGCAGCCGCCAUGUCGGGAACACUGGAGCUCACAAAUAUGGACAUGAAGCCAGGGACAACCCUGAAGCUCAAGGGGCGCAUCGCCAGCGAUGCGAGCAGCUUCACCAUUAACCUGGGACAGGACAAGAACCAGCUGGACCUGCAUUUUAACCCGCGCUUCAGCGAAUCUACCAUUGUCUGCAACUCAUUCAGUGGCGGUAGCUGGGGACCAGAGCAAAGGGACAGUAACUUGUGUUUCAGCCCCGGGUCAGAAGUCAAGAUCACUGUGGCUUUCCAGAAGGAUGAGUUCAAGGUGACCUUACCAGAUGGGUACCAGCUGACCUUCCCCAACAGGCUGGGCCACGACCACAUGAGCUACCUGGGCCUGGACCAGCUCCACCUCUCCUCUUUCAAGCUGGACUGAGCAGCUGCAGCAGGUUGGAAUAAAAGCCCUGGACUUGGGACCCCAUUUGCAGCCUUUCUCAAAUCCCACGAGGGCCAGCGGCCCAGGGGUCCUGGGUAGAUUCCCCCAUUACCACUGCCCAUCAUUCCUUCUGGUACCCUCUCCUCCUGCCCCCCAGUCAAGACGAAACCAAAGAAUUCACUGUGCACCUUC